UAAAGUCCCUCCUACCGCUCGCGCUCCGACUCGUAGCCGUUGCCUAGGAGCGCCUGAGAGCGCAGUCAUGUUCCCCAAAGGGAAAAGCGCGGCGGUGCCGUCGGACGGACAAGCUCGGGAAAAGUUGGCGUUGUAUGUGUAUGAAUACCUGUUACACGUCGGGGCUCAGAAAUCAGCACAGACCUUCUUAUCUGAGAUCAGAUGGGAGAAGAACAUAACGCUGGGAGAACCUCCAGGCUUCCUCCACUCGUGGUGGUGCGUAUUUUGGGAUCUCUAUUGUGCUGCGCCAGAAAGACGGGACAACUGCGAACACUCCAGUGAAGCCAAGGCUUUCCAUGACUAUAGUGCAGCAGCAGCUCCGAGCCCUGUUCUGGGAAACCUGCCACCCGGAGAUGGCAUGCCAGGUGGGCCGAUGCCCCCCGGAUUCUUCCAGGGACCAACUGGCUCUCAGGCUUCACCUCACUCACAGCCUCCACCUAACACUAACAUGAUGGGAGCUCAUGGACAGCCGUUUAUGUCCCCACGUUACACAGGAGGACCUCGACCGCCCAUCAGGAUGACUAACCAGCCUCCUGGAGGUCAACCUUUACCUCCGAAUGUAAUAGACCCCACACGGCCUCCAGGACAUCCGAAUCUGGGCCCCAUGCAGAGGAUGAACAUGCCUCGAGGGAUGGCACCCAUGGGACCCGGACCACAGUCAGAUCCGUGGUUAUCGUUGCAGAACUACGGCGGUGGGAUGAGACCUCCAAACUCGAUGGGCCCCAACAUGCCCGGCGUCAACAUGGGACCAGGAACCGGUCGACCGUGGCCUAAUCCCAAUAACUCCAACACGAUCCCGUAUUCGUCUUCCUCUCCGGGCUCGUACGUGGGUCCACCAGGAGGCUCAGGAGGAGGCUGCCCACCAGGAACUCCCAUCAUGCCAAGUCCAGCAGAUUCGACUAAUUCUGGUGACAAUCUGUACACAAUGAUAAACUCCGUGCCACCAGGAGGGAACAGGUCCAACUUCCCUUUAGGUCCGGACGGCCCCAUGGGAGGGAUGGAGCCUCACCACAUGAACGGCUCGUUAGGCUCCAGCGAUCUAGACGGGCUUCCUAAGAAUUCUCCCAAUAACCUGAGCAGUCUGAGUAACCCGCCCGGGACGCCGCGGGACGACGGUGACUUAGGGGGCAACUUCCUGCACACUUUCCAGAACGAGAACUAUUCCCCGACGAUGACCAUGAGCGUGUGAUCGGCGUCACGGCUCGCUGGCGGCUCGAUGACACACCAAGAAAAUCCGCAAGAGAGUGACUUCAGUCUCGCAGCAGCGAGACGUCCAUCAGAUUAACAGCCCUGACGUGUAGCGCGACGCGUCCGACACGGACGUCACGACUCGCUCGUCUCAGCUGAGCGCUUCUCUUUUCUACAGUCACGUUUUCAGCUUCGUUUUUUAAAUUAUUAUUAUUAUUAUUAUUAUUACUAUUAUUAUUACUACUAUUUUUAUCUUCAUCAUCUUUUAUCGGAAAGUCAGAAGAUGUGUUGCUCUCGAUGUCGGCUGGAUCUUUAACCGAAAGAGUUUAAGGAAACAAACUGAAACGAAAUGAAAAGAACCGGACAAAAUUUUUUUCAGCCGCGUCUUCGUCCACGACGUCGACACCGACGACUGCGGCGACUCUUUAACUCCACGUUAAUGUCAAAUAAAGCUGAUUAUUUCCACAUGGGACAGUCAGAAGACCAUCAGGAAUCGUUUUUCUUCCUUUAUUUAAGGGUUUUUUUUUGCCAACUUUAUACACACACACACACACACACACACACACACACACACACAGAGUAGUCAGAUUUUUGUGUUUUAGAGUUUUACAGUUAUUGACUUUUAUAGUCUUGCGAUUCGGCUUGAUUUAUUUCGCUGACGUUCUCGUCGUCUUUAAUUAAGAAUCGAUCGUGUGACGUUUUUACUUUUUUUUUUUUUUUUUUUUUACUUUUCCUGCCGCUUGCUAACGAGUUCUCUAACGAGCGUCUGUAGUCUAGAAUCGCUCGUCUUUAAUCAGGUCUCGUCUCAGGGCCUUUUAACACCCGGUCACUUCACGUGUUUUCUCUGAUCCGAUAGCUAUGUGAUUUGUUAAAACUGUUCCAUUAACAUUAGGCCACAUAAACACGUCUCGGCGAAUCGGAUAUCGAUCUGAUCUUUCUACUCCCGCCCAAUAUGCUAAUAUAUUUUACCUCAUUUCCGGGGUAACUAAAACUAAACACGUUUUGGUGUAUGCGGUUCAAAAUGGUGAAUGCAAUCAAAAAGAAGAUGUAAAAAGAUGUGCAGCAGCAGCGCAUUUUAAGCCCCAACGAGACGCCUGGGUGAAAGAUCACCUGAGUGACGUACUUCUGUUUGGGAGGAGUAUAGCGCUGACGUAUGUGGCUUGAACAACCACAUUCAUUUACACCUGUCCAGUUUCAUCUGAAACGCGUCCCAGACCACCUCCUGAAGGGGUUUGAGCGAUCAGAUUUAUAUCCGUCUCCAAAACGUUUCGGAGGGCAUUUAGACCUGGUCUUUUUACCGUCGGAUAGCUAUCGGAUCACAGAAAACACAUGAAGUGACCAGGUGUAAAAAACCCCUCAGAUUCACCGGACUUUUUGCCGUGUGUUCAGGAUCCAGUCGAACACGACUGCUGGUGGUUCAGUCACUGUUAGAUGGCAGAAACCCAACACUUCCUGUCCGGGGUUUUUUUUUUGUAGCUGAUUUGGUCACGAUCUUGCAGUCAGACCGUUAAUAUCUUCCCACUUUAACUCUUUCAUGCCGCUCUGUUACACAACAGGAGAAAGAAUUUGUAUUUUUGACUUCAGGAUCAUUUCAUCUGUUAUUGGUGGUUAACUUCAGAGCUCCUUAAUACAAAUACGGACUAAAAAAAAUCACAUCUGAUUUGUUAAAAAUUAAAUGACAAAUUAUUAAAUUCGUUCAGGAAAAAUGUCAAUUCUGACCUACUGUUAAAAGUUAAACAGCUGGCUAUAAAAACUCAAAUGUCUGUAAUUAAUCUCAUCAACGUUUCCUCUUAGAAUAAAUCAUUAUUAUUAUUAUUAUUAUCAUUAUUAUUAUUAUGAUGAAAACAUCAGCUGAUUAUUUCUAGACAGAUUAUUUACCUGUUCCGAGCUCAUCUCGCUCUACUGACAGAUCGGUUUUCUAUCUUUAGGUAUAAAGUCUUUCUAAAAAAAGAUGCAAAAUGAUCAAACGAAAAGAAAAUAAGGUGAAAUGUAUAAAAGGGAAGAUUUUUUUUGUCCCCCUCGUCGUCGGUAGAGAGAAUAAUUAGUCAUCCUGACGUGUUAAUGACGUGUUACGUUAUAAAUCCGUGUGUGUGUGUGUGUGACGAGCUCGGGCGGAGAUCCGGAAGCUGAUCGGCGGAACGAUGUUUACGUCGCCGUUACAACUGUUAGUCUGUUUGUUACAGAACGAUGUUUAUACAUCACUCCGUCACCGGCUUCUCCGUUUCCUGUCUAAAAAGACAUCCGAGAAAUCACAGCUUCACCUCCGACACUGCAGACUCCUCUUACAGCUUCCACAAAACCUCGUUACUAUGGAAACAAACGAGCGCAUGAAUACACAGAUGAUGCUAUAGGAGAUUAAGCCACACCUCCUUCUCAUCCUCUGACCAAUCAGAAUGCAGAAUUCAGGCAGGAAACAGGUUUAAAUUUGGGUUUUAUUAUAACGACUCUCUUCUCAGGAGACCGAAUGGUUUUUUUUCCCUACAAUACGUUUUAAAUCUGAUCUAUUUUGAUAACUUUAUUAAAAAAAGAAAAAAGAAACCAGUUCGUUUUACGUCUCGGAUAUCCGCUCUGGACACACACACACACACACACACACACACACACACACACACAUGUUGCUUUAUAAUAUUUUUCUGCUGUUUGUUGUUUACGUUGUUCCUCAGAAGCACAGCUACACUAAAACGAUGACUGAUUAAAUUAUUUUAUUGUCCAUGAAACUGAUCACGAAUGCAAACCUUCUUUCUGCCUCUUCUCAAAAUAAAGGUGUAUAAACAGA